AUGCCGACACCGGGGAGUGACAGCCCGAUGGAAGGGCGGAAUGAUUCUAGACACCACCACUCUGGGUCCUUUGAUUAUGGGAAUCGAGCCCUCGUCCCCAUGUGGGAUAGCUCCGAUCCCGAACGCGCUCCGCCGCCUCUACCUCUGAACCCGCAGUCGCCCAGCGUCUCGUCGCGGGCAGGAACAUCUAGCGUCAUCCAGUCGGCCCAUGCCGCGCUUAACGAGCGAGUGCGAGAGAGUGCUGGUUUCGGUCCCCCGAUCAGCAAACGCCUCAACGACUCGUCGCCCGACCGGUCAACUGUCAGUCGAAGCUCCCACCGACGAACACAGACGCUACAGCCUGGCUCGGUCCGCGACCUGAGUUUGAUGAUCGAAGGUGCCUCCAACAACAGUCCCAGCCCAUCGCCCACACGGCUCCCGCCACACCGCCACCACAGUCCUUCCUCGACGAUAGGCUCAUCCAUCGCUCCCCGAUCCGUCCAGGACGACAAGGAAUGGGAGAGGGACAUCCAUGCCGAUACCGAGUCACAGCUCUCCGAGAAGGCAAACAGCGCAGCUCCCCCACCCGGGUCUAGCUGGACCCCCAUUCUCCGCCCUACAGCCCGCCGUGCCCCCGCUCAAGGCAUUCUGGGAGAGAACACACCUCCCCAGUCAUCCACCAUGCUCGCCCUGCACAGUAUGAGUUCCCAGAGCCCUAGGGCCGACUCCGAGCCCCCCCUGGCCAACGUCACAAAUGGAUCGUCUGCGUCCUUCUUGAAGCAAACUCCCCAGCCCAACGACCAGCUCUCGCAGCAGUUGGUCACGCUCACCAGCAUUGCUACAUCGCUCCAGAAGGAGAUGUCCGCCCUCAGCCGGCGGAGCAGGGAUAACGCCACCGAUCUCCUCAGCCUCAAGGAAGCUACCAACACCCGAGACGAGGACAUUCGGAAGAGCUUGAGGGAUCUUCUCGGUAGUGUCAACGAGACGUCCACCAGGCUCGGUUCCAAGGAUUACGGAGAGCGCCCCUUCGAUAGCAAGACAUUUGGCACCACAUCCCCCAAGAACCGUGCUUUCCAACUUCCCCGCAUCCCUUCACCCAAGAGCUUUACAGAAUCCGUCGAUCGUGGCUCCGUUAGCACCCCGUCACUCAUCGGUGGCGAUGGUCCGUCAACCGUCCCCAUGCUGGAGAGGAUCAUCCGGGAAAUGGGCACCAAGGAGGGCCAAGAUGCCUUGAUCAGCCGGCUCACCGAGGUAUCCCGAAGCCUCUCCGGCAUGGCAACCGCUUCCAAGGUGGAUGAACUCCUCGAGCACAUCCAAUAUCUUCGCACACAAUCGCAGACCGCCAUGGUCCCCAGCAGCAGAGAGCUCGAGCAUGACGGUCCUCUGCCAGCCUCAGACGACUUCGACAUAUUUCUCAAGAACGAGAGGCCCCCUUCCACUCCGUCGCCCAGUCGGGGCUCCGGGAUCCUCAAUGAGGAUAUCCUCAGCAUCAUCCGCUCCGUAAAGGACAGCGUUGCUCAGGGAGGGGGUAUCACAGCCGAGGUCAAGGCUCUCGUUCGCGAACUCCGCGGCGAGGUGCUCGGGAUGGGCCGUGAAAUCGGCAGGCGCUUGGAGGGUGUCAACCUCCAGAGCAUCGAAGGCAGCGCCAACAACGAAAACCCGAGCAAGGAUGAAGUGUCCCGCAUCAUCGACGAGGGUCUCGAGCAGAUGAAGGAGCAGCUCAACCACGUCCUUCGCGAGCACCGUCGCCAGUCUGCCCAGUCGGCCGACACCUCCAAGACCCUCGUCGACUACCAGGAGAUCUACAACGCUAUGCGGGCUGCCUUGAGGGAUAAUGAGUCUUCUCGUGACAAGAUGCCCGAUCUCAGCCGGGACGAUGUCGUCGGAGCUGUACGUGAUGCCUGGGAGACAUACAAGCCCGAGAUCGAGGUCCAGCAGCUGGGCCUUGAACGGGAUGAAAUCCUGGCAUGUCUUCAGGAAGGCCUUAGGGAGUACGCGCACCGUGACAAGCACUCCGAAGGUGCUACCCGCGAUGAGGUCUUUCAAGCUGUCGUCGAGGGCCUGAGGCACUAUUCGCCGCCCCGGAUGGACAUAUCGGCCUCCAUCUCGAGGGACGAAAUCGUCGAGGCUGUGCGUGAUUGCCUGGAGGAGUUUGAAUUCCCGGUCGCCGCGUCCGCUAUUGGGAACGACAUCAGCCGGGAUGAUAUGGUUCACGCCGUUAGGGAGGGUCUCCACGACCUGCACUUUUCUGGAUCCCGAGCCCUCGAACACCCCGGCGGCGGCGGCGGCCUCAGCGGUGAUAACGAGGAGAUCAUUGGCCGAUUGGAAGACCUGAAAGAGUACGUCAAGCUCGAGUUCAGGAGUGUCUCUCAGGAGGCCAAGGACAACGUCGCCGCAAACGGCAGGGACACGGAGCAGGUCCUCGAUGCGACAAAGGACGGCUUCGAAAACCUUCGUAUUGCUAUUGAGAGCUACGUCGACCGGGCUACCGCUGAAGCUGGCCAGGAGGACUUCAUGCAAGGACUGUUGCGGACCAUGACCGACUUCAAGGAGGAGAUUACGGAGCUCCUGUCCCACUCGACGGACAUCUCCCGUGAGCAGCUUCAGGGUGAACUUGAAGGCCUCCGUGAAGUCGUCAACUCGUCCAUGGUGCCUGCCUCAGCUGUCGCCCCGGUCCAGACGGACAACAAGGAGAUCAUCGAGGCCCUGCACGCCACGGCCAACACCCUUCGACAGGAGAUCCUGCGGCCCAGGGCUGAGACGGCCGAGAUCAUCGACGCUCUCAACGAUGGGCUCAACGAGCUGCGGAUCGGCAUCGACAGGAUGACCAACAAGCCGGCCGACCUGACAGCCAACGACGAAAUUCUUGAUGCCCUGCAAUCUGGACUGGAUUCUGUUCGCGCCGACAUCGAGUCCAUCCGCGACGACAACAACAUCAGGGCCAUUGCUGCCGUCCCUACUGAAUCCUCAACGGCACCACAUAUUGAGAUUCUGGAGGCUCUGCGAUCCGGACUGGACUCUGUCCGGUCGGAUAUGCACUCUAUACGCGAAGAGAGCAGUGACAGGACUGUUGCCGCGGUGCCCCUUGAGUCGGCCCACAACGAGAUCCUUGACGCUCUGCGCUCGGGACUGGAUUCUGUGCGGGCCGACAUUGAGUCCAUACGCGAGCAGAGCAACGACAGGUCCGUACCCACGGUGCCUCUUGAGUCGGCCCACAACGAGAUCCUUGACGCCCUGCGCUCGGGACUGGAUUCUGUGCGGGCCGACAUCGAGUCUAUACGCGAGCAGAGCAACGCAAGGUCCUCUCCUGCAGCAGCCCCUGAGUCCACAGGUCACGACGAGAUCCUCAAAGUUUUGCGCUCUGGAUUGGACUCGGUUCGAUCUGGUAUCGACUCCAUCCGUGACCAAGCUAAUGAGAGGUCAUUCUCCGCGGUGCCUCCCGAGUCCUCAGGUCAUGACGAGAUCCUCGAAGCUUUGCGCUCUGGAUUGGACUCUGUGCGGUCUGAUAUCGAGUCUAUCCGCGAGCAAAACAACGACAGGGCCCUCGCUCCGAUCUCGGCUGGCGCGUCAACGCCCGACAUACCCAGUUCGGACGAACAAGCUCUCAUCCUCGCUGACAUGGCCAGGCACGAUGACAUCAAGAAUCUCGAGGUUCUCAUCACUCAGCUUCGGAUGAAGCUUGAGAGCAUGAACUCAGAGCCCGAGCCUGCUCCAAAGGACGAAAACAGUAGCAACCUGGAGAGCAUGCUCGAGAACAUUCAGCAUGGUGUCGACGAUCUCAGUUCGCGAGAACCUUCUUCCGCACCUCCCAGCCAAGACCUGACGCGUUUGGAGAGCAUGAUCGAGAAUAUCCAGCGCAGGGUCGAAGAACUUAGCUCCCGAGAGCCACCUGCGGCUGCAGUCACCAGGGAUGCAGAGAGCUCCAAGGACCGUUCGGCCAGUGACGAUGUUGCUUCAAAGGAGGAUGUCCAGGCGAUUGAGAUGAUCCUGCACAAUACCAAGGCCCGCCUAGACGAUCUCAUGGAUGGCGAUCAAGCUCUCCGCAAGGACCACUUGGAUGCCGUCGAGGCCCUCAUUCUGGAGACGCGCGAAAGCAUGAGUUCCAUCGCGGAACGGAUGGAGGCUGUCUCUCGCAAGGACGACCUGUCCACGAUGGAGACGCUCCUCAACGAGAUCAAGGGCAACUUCGAUGAGAUGAAGAACCAGAUUGCCACGCGGGAUGAGCCCGACGAGGACAAGGUUUCCAAGGCGGAUGUCGCAGCCGUCGAGACGGCCGUACUCGAGAUCAAAACUCUUCUUGCUGCCUUCCAAGGUGUCGACCUGAGCGACCUGCCGAAGAAGGGAGACUUGUCCGGCAUUGAGACGCUCGUCAAGGAGACCAAAGAGAAGAUCGAGAGCCAAAAUGAGGCCUCCAGCAUGGCCAUCGAGAAGAAGGAUGAUGAGCUGAAGUCUGUGGAUGAGCGCGUCUCGGAAGUCAAGACAUUCCUGCAAGAAUUUCAGGAGACGCUCAAGGGAAAGCUCGAAGACGGCUCCAACGGCAUCGAAUCACUCGGAAAGCUCUUGGAGACCAUGGGUGAGAAGAUCGACAAGAACGACAACGUCGGAGCCGACCUAAAGGAGAUGUUUGAGACGAUGAAGACUCAGUUCGAGGAAUCGAAGGGCAUCGUCACCGGUGCCAAGCUCGAGUCAGAUGAGAAGCUACAGCAGGCUACGGAGAGCAUCGGCACCAAGAUCGACGACAAGAUCACCGAGCUGAUGACUAAGUACACCGAGUUCCAAGAGGCCUUUGACGUCAGGAUUCAGGCCGGCGAGGCCCGCGACGCCGAGACCGAGGCAGCCGUCGUCGGAACCAAGGCCGUUGCCGAGGAGCUCAAGAUCCUCACUGACACUCUCGGCUCGACGGUGACGGACUCCCUGGAGAAGAUGGAGGAGGCCUCCAAGACCGUCUUCACCAAGGUCGAGGAGCUCGUCUCACGCAGCGACGAGGCCCAGGCUGACGGAAAGGCCGAGCACGAGCAGACGCGCGACCGGCUCGAUGCGGCCGUCACCAUGGUCGAAAGCCUGCGUGGUGAGGUCUCGGACACGAACCCCAAGAUCCUCGAAGCUAUCCAAGAGGUGUUGGCUCUCGUGGGCCAGCACUACGAACACUCCAAGACGGCCACCACGGAUCUCCAGGACAAGAUCAUCGAGACGCGGCCGCUAGACCAGUCCAUGCUCCUGCCGCCACCGGAGAAGUAUGACGACACGGAGGUCCGACAAAAGCUUGACCAGCUUACCGAGCUUCGGUAUGACGAUACCGAGGUUCGCCAGAAGCUGGAGCAGCUCAACGACCUCCGCUACGACGAUACUGAAGUGCGGCAGAAGCUGGACCAGCUGGCUGAGCUCCGUUACGACGACUCACAGGUGCACGAGAAGCUGGACCGGCUGGCUGAGCUCCGUUAUGACGAUACGCAGGUGCACGAGAAGCUGGACCAGCUGGCCGAGCUCCGUUACGACGACUCACAGGUGCACGAGAAGCUGGACCGGCUGGCCGAGCUCCGUUAUGACGAUACGCAGGUGCACGAGAAGCUGGACCAGCUAGUUGAGCUCCGAUACGAUGACACAGAGGUGCGCCAAAAGCUGGACCAGCUUAGCGAAAUAAAGUACGACGACAGCGUGGUCAACGAGAAGCUCGACAAGAUCACGGCGCAGACCACGUCGACGGAGCAGGCGCUGUCACAGCUGGAGAAGCUGGACCAGGUGCACGAAUCAGUCAUCAAGACAGCUGCCGAGGUGUCGACGUUCCUCAACACCCAGAUGCAGCGCGCGGCUGACGACUACGAGGCCAAGGAGAAGAAACUGCGGGAGAUGGACCUGGAAAUGGAGCGCAAGCGCUGCGAGAAGGAGCACCUAGAAGCCUCGAUCCUGAGCCUGAAGGACGAGGAGGAAAGGGUCCGCAACAGCGUUACCGGCCUCCGUACGGAGCAAGAGAGCCUGAUCCGACAGAAGACGAGGCUCACGGGCGACGUGUCAGCUCUCGACACAGCUAUGAAGCUUCGCAGGGAGGACCUGGCCGAGAUGGAAUGUCGGGCGGACCGUCUGGAGCGUCGCAUCCUGGAAGGCGUCAUGGACCACUCGCGCGUGCUGCUCAUGGCCAAGUCCAACAGGAGCGGCGGGGGCGCCGGCGACUCGAUGGCGCGCAGGCGUGUCAAGAGGUCGUCAGCUCAGGGCGAGGACGGCACAGCCACCCCCAGGGCGGCGACCAAGCCGGCCGUGAGCAUGGCGCUGUCUGGUAAGCGCAGCUUGGCGUCGCCUGGUCAGGCUGGGGCCGAGAGGCGCAUCGCAUCUCUCGGACAGAUCAACAACAAUGCCCCCACUGGCGGCGUCAAGAGAAGCCAGAGCGUGCGGACUCCCAUGGGGGGGAAGUCGCUCCGCAAGCGCAGCUGGGGCGGCGAUGCGAGCCACGGCGAGACGAACAAGGAGAACCUGGGCGUGGGCGAGACGGUGGAGGAAGUUGACGAGAACGAGUCUCCGGCCCUGGUCGGCAAUGGCCCCGAAGGCGCCGGCAACCAGGCAUCCGAGACGACGGACAAUACGAAUGAUGACGACGAGGCCGGGAGCGACAGCGGAACGCUGCGUCGCAACAGCCACGGGUCGUCGGAGCAAGGGUACAGCGAGUACAGCGAGACGGUGAGCAGCGAGUGGACGGGAAGUUCGGUGGUGUCAGGAACGGACGAUGGAGCCAGCACCGUCGGUGGCGAUGAAGGCGGCCAAGACUUGGUGGUAUAUGGGCAAUGA